AAUUAUAGCGUCUCUUAUGACACUUAUUGUUCCUUUUUCAAAGUACUUUUUAUAAAGAAAAAAUGAUAAAAAUGAUCAAAAUAUUAAUUGUAUUGUGAGAAUUAAUAAAUCUAUUCAACUAUUUUGCCUAAAAUACACUUUCAUAAAUUUGCUUUGUAGAAGAGUAAAAUACGAUUAAAAAAUAUAAUUUACAAAAAUAUUCACAAUGUCUAAUGUACAAAUUGAUGAUGAUAUUUAUGAUGGAUAUAAUGAUUAUCCAUCAAUAUAUAGUAUCAAAGAUAUUGAACAAGAUGAAUUAAUUCAAGAGACACUGCAUACAAGUUAUGCAAAAAGACCAAUUUUUACACCAAAAGUACCAGGAAGUGCUAUGCGUUUGGGUACUUCAACUGGGUUUCACAGAAGUGGUACUGGUAUACCAGUGCGUCCUAAUACUAGUGGACUAAGGCCAAUGACUGCAGUCAGAGGAGCUGGUUAUACUAGUAGUAAUCGUCAACCAUUUGAUCCAUUGAAUAUGAAUAGUUCUACCAGAGGGCCUGCACCACCUUUAGAAAGUGGAAAGGAAGACACGCCUGAAGAAAAAAUAAAAGUGGCUGAAAGAAAAAUUAUGGAACUAAUAGAAAGUUCAGUACAAGCAUCAUAUGAAAACAAUACAAGAGUUGCUUUAGAGAGAGCCAAAGAAGCUUCUUCGAGGGAAAGAGCUCUUAUUAGACUACAAGAACAAGCUGGGCUUAGUGACAAUCAUAAUGUAGAUUUAACAUUUGCUGUCAUUUUUAAUUUGGCAACUCAAUAUACUAACAAUAAUAUGUUUACUGAAGCUAUAGCAACUUACCAAGCUAUAACAAGAAAUAGGAUGUUCAGCAAUAGUGCCAGAUUAAAAGUGAAUAUGGGAAAUAUAUAUGUCAAAAUGGGACAAUUGUCUCAAGCAAUUAAAAUGUACAGAAUGGCAUUUGAUCAAGCUCCAGCAGCUCAUAAAGAUUUAAGAAUAAAAAUAAUGCAUAACAUUGGAAUGUUAUUUGUACAAAUGGGUCGUUUGGAAGAAGCAGCUAAUAGUUUUGAAUGGGUCAUGAAAGAAAGAGCUGAAUUUAAAGCAGGCUUGCAUGCUGUUUUAUGCCAUUUUGCAUUAUCUCAUAGGGAUAAAAUGAAAAGGUCAUUUUUAGAGUUAUUAGAGGUUCAACUUAACAUAGAUCAGGAGGACAGAUAUAAUAUAAGUACAGAUGAUGCUGCUUUUAACAUAUUGAAUGAAAUUUUAAAAAAUGAUGAUUUGUCUAAGUUAGAGAAAGAGUUAAAAUUGGAAGCAGAGAAAACUAUUCUUUGUGCUGCAAAACUCAUUGCACCUGUAAUUGAAGAUACACUCACAGCUGGUUUUGCUUGGUGUGUGGAUACUAUAAAGUCUUCAACUUAUGGACCAUUAGCUGCCGAUUUGGAAAUAAGUAAAGCUAUGGUAUUUUUACAUAAUCGAGAAACGCAAUUGGCUAUUGAUACCUUAAAAAUGUUUGAAAAUCGUGAAAGUAAAGCUAAUAGUUCCGCUGCGACAAUGCUUUCAUUUAUUUACUUUCUUCAAGGAGAUUACGAACAAGCGGAAAGAUGCGGAGAAAUUGCUCGAAAUGCGGACAGUUACAAUGCAGCAGCUUAUGUUAAUUUAUCAGCUUGUGCAAUCAGAAAGGGUGAAUUAAAUAUUGCUAGAGAACUUCUCUUAUGCUCAUUAGAUACGGAUGCUAGUCACGUGCAAGCUCUUUAUAAUUUAGGGUUAGUAUAUAAAAAGCAAAAUAUGUACGAAGAAGCAUUGGAAUGUUUUUGGAAAGUUCGUAACAUUGUUAGACAUGAUCCACAAACAAUAUAUCAAAUUGGUCAAUUAUAUCAACUUAUGAACGAUACAGACCAAGCAACAGAAUGGUACAAUCAAUUACUUGGUAUAAUACCAUGUGAUCCUGGAGUUUUGCAAAAAGUGGGUGAAAUGUAUGAUACUGGUGGAGAUAAACAACAAGCCUAUCAAUUUUAUAGCGAUUCUUAUAGAUUUUUUCCCGCCAAUUUUGAGGUAAUCGAUUGGCUUGGAUCAUAUUUCGUAUCGAUGCAACUUGCCGAGAAAGCGCUAGUUUAUUUUAAGAAAGCAGUAGAACUUGCUCCUGAUGAGCCAAGAUGGCGAUUACUUGUCGCUGCAUGUUUAAGACGAAUUGGUCAAUUUCACAAAGCUGUUUUGGAGUAUCAAGAUAUUCAUAAUAAGUUUCCUGAGAAUAUUGAAUGCUUGAAAUUUUUGGUUCGUUUAUGUAGUGAUCUCGGCUUAAAAGAAGCACAAUUAUAUGCAACAGAAUUAAAACGCGCCGAGAAAGCGAAAGAAUUGAAGGAUAGACAAGGAUCAGCAAGACCAGGCUCAAGAAGGAGUAAUAGUGGGACAUCAUCACGAACUGGUUCUGGAAUGAGCGUAUUAUCAGACCACAGGUCAAGUCCCACAUUUAAUAGAAGAGAAAAUCAAGGUUUAAGUAGCGCUGGUAUCACGCGACCUAAUCGAGUUUCUGCAACUGAAAAUAUUACGGACGUGGCAAACGAUGUCACUGAUCAAACAGGUACUCCUUAUGUUGAUCCCAUUGGCCCGUUACCUGUUCGUCCUAUGACGUCUGCCGGAAAAAGAGAUGAUGAUUUUGGUGAUGAAGAACUCGGGGAUGAUCUGUUACCGGAAUAGUAUGAAUUUGUUAUAUUUAUCAUUUUUAUAUUUUAUCUUAUUAUUUUUAUAAACGUAAUGCUAGUUAAAAGUACAAAGCAAAGUAUCUCACGUGUUUUAAUUUUAUGGUAACGAAUAAAUGAAAAUAGACAUAAGUUUAUAUAUCUUUUUCACUUGAGUUAAUCUCGUUUGGUAUCAGCCAUUAAGCUUACAUGAAAAACCUCACGUGCGCGUUUAUCUACUUCAUCAAUGUCGUAAAGUUUAACUUCAGAAAUGGAGUUAUUACCGUUCCUUUGCACGUUCUCAUCAGGUUUUCAAAGUCAAGUCUGAAUAUACUGGAGUCUUAAUAUCGUGGUUUUAUUAAUUAUCAUUUCGAAGUGCAAGUUGCUUGUCUAUAGAAUGGUACUGCACAUUACGAAACCACGAGGGUCGAGCAAUUGUAACGAUCUAAAUUUAAACACACUGACCACUUUAAUCAAACUCCAUUCAGCCUAUGUAGCUUAGGAGACGGAUGUUAUUUCAUUGUAGCUAUGUUCAAACUCCAUUCAACCGACAUAAUGCGAACCUGUAAGGGCAUUGGGAACGUGCUGUUCUAAACUUCUAUACCUUUAUCACAUUUACGUUAAAUAAAUUCCUAUUGUUAUGUAUAGUAGUUAUAUAUAUAUAUAUUUUACGUAGUCUCGAUUCCUCUCAUCUUUUACCGAGUUCAUCACGAGACUAUCGAAGGAAUUGAGAAUCGAUGGAUCUACCGAAAAGUUUGUGGGGAAAAGGCGAGAGGUAUCAGUUGCGCGACGCUGGAGAAAUCUUUACGUUUAUGCGCGUGUUACAUGGUUUUGUAUCGCGAGUACAAUAUCACGUGGUCUCAAUGCGUGCGAUAUCCUAGAACGCGUGUGUGUAUCCGCAUUCACGCGAUACAUCAGAGAGACUGUCACGAGUUAAGACUGUCUGUGCACGAAAAGAGACAAGCGUAGGACAGAUGUAGUGGUCGCGUGUAUGAAACGCGUAAGCGCGUGUAUGGGCACGAAGGCGCGCGCACGCAAUACGCGCCGAUAUGGUUUUAAAGUUCGAGCAGUGGGGAAAGCGACGAUCUGGAGGCUCGACUAGUUGCUACUCUGAGGCGGAGUACAUUUCACGGUAUCCCACCCACGUGCUUGUACGUGUGAGUGAGCUCUGUCACGUCUCGAGAAGCUUACAGUCACUGACCGGUAACUGGAGCCAGCGAAGGAUAGAAAAGGAUCAAGAAGCUGGAGCAAUCGCGCGAGUCGACAGUCAUACGUAGAAAGUAUUAGG